GGGGAGGGGUGUGUGUGUAGUAGAGGCUGAUGUUCCUAAAGGGGACUGUGUCUUGUGGGGUGGGGUGAAGGAGCUUUUCUAUGGAGAGAGCAAAUUCUCUUCAGCCUGGGGUGUGGGCAGAAAUCUGUAGGAGGACAUGAUCUUGAGGAGGGGCUGAUUAUAUCCUUCAGUUUCGAGGACUGAAGUUUCUGAGGCCUUAUCUUUACUGGGGGUGAGGGGAGUGUGUUCUUAACUAGAGUUAGCUAAUUCAAGGGAAAAUCCCAGUGAACUUGAGUUAGCUCACCCAAGUUAAGAGCACACCUUUUUCCUGGUGAAAGCCUAUGGGGGUAUGAAUGAUACCAGUCUUUUGGGGGUGGUACAUGGACUCUCUGGAGGUAUAUGAGCUUGUGAGAAGAUCUGUGUAGACAUAAAGACUCUGAACCAUUAGAGGUUGGGUUUGUUUAUACUAGAAAGUUUUGCUGCUUUAACUAUAUUGAUAUAAAAAUGCAUAUACUUUUCAGGAAGCAAGGUAGGCAAUAUUGAUAUAAUUGUGCCCAGACUAGGGCUUAUACUGGUAACUACAUUGGACAAGGCAAAAAAAAAAAAACCUAGUAUGAGACUGUAAGAGCCUACAGUGCUGGGACCUGGGACCAUAGGGAUUCUGUGCUGCUGUAUGGCUAGUCGAGGCUUAGGCUGGGUUCCUACAGGAGGACUCUGUGAGGCUGAGCUUGACAGGAAGCACUGCCCAGUAGGACUUGAGUGGUAGCCCUUCGGAGCCCACUGAUUGGCUGAUACUUGUACUUAACCCAGGAAGCUAAGAGGGGAGGGCAUCUGAGCAACAAUGCGGACUGACUGCCUCUCUCCCUCUAUCCACUUUAGACUCUGCUUGCACUAGACCCUAGACUCCAGCUUCUGACCCUGGUCUGUCCUUGUCUUUGAUCUUCGAUUGCUGUUUGUAACCUGGCGUCUGACCUUCAUCUCCUGGUAAUCUUCCCCUGCCUACAUCCUGACUCUUAGUUUGUCCUCUGGCCUGUCUUGGACUCUGACCUCCUGCUACUUGACUUGGCCCGACUCCUGCUCCGACCACUACAUCUGACCACCGUUGUCCAGUCAUGACACAAACAUAGUUUUCGGGAUUUAACUUUUCUAGUUUAGGUGAGGCCUAAGCAGAAAGAUUGCUGAGACACCAUCAGUGAAAAUGCUAUAAAAAAGGUUAUAUAAAAUUUGAUUACUUAAGCGUUCCCAUCUAGUCCUGAUGUAUAUGAUUUUAUGGCAUCCCACGCCCCAUUUUUAUUAUCUUAUUAUGCUCAAACCUUUUCCUGUCCUUCACCAUUGUGCAUGCCUGCUGGCUUGUUGUGGGUUUUUUUUGUUUUAAGAGUUGCUUAUGAUUAGUAGACUCCUUGCAUUGACAAAACCUUCAAAGAAAACAAUAUUAGAAUAUUUAUUUUUGAAUAAGGAAAACAAAGAAGAGGAUCAACUUUGCAGAUGCAAGAAAAUAAUUGCCAACAAUGGUUGCUUUUCUGUGAGAGCAAAAUUAUGGGUUCUGAAGAGAAUAACAACGAAUUGUAUAAAAUAACCACUACUCAGCAAGCAAUUGCCUCUUGUUGUGGAGCUAUUGUUACAUCACUGUUGGUGACACCUCUUGAUGUUGUCAAAAUUCGACUGCAAGCCCAAAGCAAUUCAUUUGCUAAUGGAAAAUGUUUUGUAUACUCCAAUGGCCUUAUGGAUCAUGUAUAUGUCUGUGAGGAUGGGAACAGCAAAGCCUGGUAUAAGAAACCUGGCCAUUUCAGAGGGAUGUUGGAUGCGUUUGUGAACAUUAUUAAAAUAGAGGGUAUUAAAUCACUGUGGAGUGGACUUCCUCCAACGUUAAUAAUGGCAGUUCCAAGUACAGUAAUUUAUUUUACCAGCUACGAUCAACUGAGUGAAGUUUUGAUAUCUAAACUAGGAAAAGACAGUGACUACAUUCCAGUUCUUGCAGGCUCCAUAAGCAGAUUGGGUUCAUUAACUAUAGUAAGUCCACUGGAAUUGAUCAGAACUAAAAUGCAGUCUCGCCAGUUAUCUUACAAGCAACUGCGUAUAUACAUCAAUAAUACACUGGCCAAAGAUGGUUGGCUUUCACUCUGGAGGGGCUGGGGUCCCACUGCUCUGAGAGAUGUACCUUUCUCAGCAAUAUACUGGUAUAACUAUGAACACAUCAAGAAGCGGUUGUACAAGACAUUAGAUGCACAUGAACCAACAUUUAUGAUCAGCUUUACUUCAGGGGCAACAGCUGGCUCUAUUGCAGCUACAGUAACUUUACCAUUUGAUGUGGUGAAAACACACAAACAAACUGAAAUUUGGGAAUAUGAGACCUUAAACUGUAAGUUGUUUGGAACGAGAUUACUGCACGUUCUUUACAUUUUAGAUUACCUUAGGAGCUAUCUUUAUCUAUCAUUCCACUGUUCAAAGGUGAAAUUCUCCCCAGCAUAGAGGGCUCAAAUAAAGUCCACUGUACCACUUACGUCUUAUUGUGGGGCUUAAAUGGGAAGAAGAGCCAUUGUUGGCCUUGUGCACAGGAGUGCAUAUUACUAAUUGGAAGUAAUAAA